ACUUGACUCAGUGUCUUUUCGGUGCGAAAUGGCGCAGCAAGGAAUUCAGAUGGAUGAGCGGAAAGUCUGCUGUUCGAUCUGUCAAGAUGUACUGAAGGAUCCGGUGACUAUUCCCUGUGGACACAACUACUGUAUGAACUGUAUUAAAAGCCACUGGGAUGAAGAGGAUCAAAGGCAAGUCCACAGCUGUCCUCAGUGCAGACAGACCUUCAUACCGAGGCCUGCUCUGGUGAAAAACACUGUUUUGGCAGAUUUAGUGGAGGAACUGAAGAAGACUGGACUCCAAACUGCUCCAGCUGAUGACCACUAUGCUGGACCUGGAGAUGUGUGGUGUGAUUUCUGCACUGGGAAAAAGCUGAAAGCUCUCAAGUCCUGUGUGCAGUGUCUGGUCUCGUACUGUGAGCAGCACCUCCAGCCUCACUAUGAAUCUGCUGCCUUUAAAAAACACAAGCUGGUCGACCCCUCCAAGAAGCUUCAGGAGAGCGUCUGCACUCGUCACAAUGAGGUGAUAAAGAUUUUCUGCCGCACUGAUCAGCAGUGUAUCUGUAUUCUCUGCUCCAUGGAUGAACAUAAAGGCCACGACACAGUUUCAGCUGCAGCAGAACGGAGUGAGAAGCAGAAAGAGCUCGAGCCGAGUCGACAAAAGAUCCAGCAGAGAAUCCAGAGCAGAGAGAAAGAUGUGGAGGUGCUUCAGCAGGAGGUGGAGGCGAUCAAUCGCUCUGCUGAUAAAGCUGUGGAGGACAGUGAGAAGAUCUUCACUGAUCUGAUCCGUCUCAUUGAGAAAAGAAGCUCUGAUGUGAAGCAGCAGAUCAGAUCUCAGCAGGAAACUGAAGCCAGUCGAGUCAAAGAUCUUCAGGAGAAGCUGCAGCAGGAGAUCACUGAUCUGAGGAGGAAAGACGCUGAGCUGGAGCAGCUCUCACAAACAGAGGACCACACCCAGUUUCUGCAGAACUACCCAGAGCUUUCAAAUCUCACUGUCCGUAAAGACUCAUCCAAGAUCAAUAUCCGUCCUGUACGAUACUUUGAGGAUUUGACAACAGCUGUGUUAAAGGCCAGAGAUAAACUGCACAACAUCCUUAUUGAUGUGUGGACCAAGAUCUUAGAGAUUGAAGUGGAUGUUUUACUCUUUCAACCUCAGCCUAAGACCAGAGCUGAAUUCUUACAGUAUUCACGUCAAAUCACACUGGAUCCAAACACAGCAGGAAAUUGGCUGUCAUUAUCUGAAGGGAACAGGCAAACAACAGUGAAAGAGACCCUCAGGGUUUUGUUAAACCCACCAUCACGAUUGUACCCUUUAGCUCAACCAGGUUCCCACACUGAUUUCGACAGACUUCAGGUCCUGAGCAGGGAGAGUCUGACUGGACGAUGUUACUGGGAGGUGGAGUGGAGAGGGCGUUCAGUUUCGGUUGCAGUCACAUACAGGUAUAUGAGAGGACCUGUAUAUGAAAGCGGAUUUGGCAACGAUGCCACGUCUUGGGCAAUGCAUUGUCUUAGUCAUCGCUAUAAAUUCAGACAUGAUAACAUCAGAACUCCCAUCUCAGGCCCUCAGUCCUCCAGAGUGGGAGUGUACCUGGAUCACAGUGCAGGUAUUCUGUCCUUCUACAGCGUCUCUGAGACCAUGACGCUCCUGCACAGAGUCCAGACCACAUUCACUCAGCCGCUCUAUGCUGGAGUUGGACUUUAUUGUGUUGAUGGCUCUGCUGAUCUGUGUGAGAUCAAGUAGAGAGGCGUCUUAAACAAGGCAAAGGGUGAGAAUUGAGGUUACGUUUCUAAAUGUACUCCCCAUCCUCAGCUCUCUGUGUGUCUCAGUGUCUGUGGGGGAACACUGAGUUUGUGCAGAUAUCUAUAUUAGCCUAUAUGGCUAUACAUUAAAUAUCAAAUGAAGACAAUGUAUAAUUUUACUUUCUUUUUCAUAAAAUCUCUUAAAUGAAAUCGUGUUUAAUCCUUAGGGCCUACUAUAAUAUUAAUCACACUUGUAUCGCUUUGUGCUCGAAUUACGCUUUUCAAAAUUAAGUUUUAAAAUAUAUUAUACAUUCAUAUUAUUCUGCACUUUCUUUUCUUAAUA